AUGAGCGCUGAGCCAGAGGUCAAACGUCUUGGGGCCAUUGCACCCUUGGUGGCACCGCUGCCUCCCUUGUCGGACGAUGAAGUGUUCACGCCCGAGCAAUGGUCGACCUUUUUUGCGCUGUGCGAGGUUUUCAUUCCGGCUGUCUUGCCCACCGAUGAUGCCAGCGACAAAGGCGUGCAUCCAUCGAAUUACGAGAAGAUGGUACAGGAGAUUCAACGCUAUGUUCCCACAGGUGUCGACCGCCAGGCAAUUGAGAAGUACCUGGCAGAGCCGGUGACAUCUCUCCCCGGAAUGAAAGAGGCAUUGCGGCGACGGUUCCUCAAUGGCCCCAAGGCAGACAGAGAUGGACUUGCGUCCAUUCUUUCCGCCCUCAACACCACCCUCGGCUCCGUGCUCAUGACAGGUUCAUCUACUCCGAUCCAGCAGCAGUCCAUCGGUACCAGGGUGAUCAUCAUCAGGAAAUGGUCCCAGUCGUACCUUGGUCUGUUCCGAAAGCUCCAUAACACCUUCGCCAUGUUGUCGAAAGUGGUCUAUCUCUAUCAAUCCGACAUGCUGUUCAAAAUCGUGGGCUACCCAGGCACCCACGCAGAUGCUAAGCGGAAACCGACGUACGAGUUCAAAUUCAUGGAUUUCUCCCCUGCUGAAGCUGCCACGACAGUCAAUACUGAUGUUGUCAUUAUUGGGUCCGGUCCUGGGGCAGCUACGGUCACGAACCGUCUCGCAAAAGCUGGACUCAGAUGCACCGUUCUGGAGAAGGGAUACCAUUUCAACUCCGAUCACUUUCCAAUGACCCACGCUGAUGCUCAGACCCACCUGUACGAGAACUUUGGAUUCGUCGUGAGCGACGAUGCAACGACUGCCACUGCGGCUGGCUCGAGUUUUGGUGGUGGCGGGACAGUCAACUGGCUGGCAUCCUUACAGCCUCCAUUCGCCGUUCGCGAAGAUUGGGAUCGAGACCACGGGUUAACUCAUGCAACCACUGGUGCAUAUCAGGAAUCGUUUGAUUAUGUCUGUGACAAGAUGGGCGCUGCCCGUUCCAUCGACCACAACGCUCUCAGCAAGAUCAAACACAAUUAUGCGAACGAGAUGCUUCUUGAAGGUGCUCGGAAGCUUGGUAUGGAAGCCAAGAUCGUGCCUCAGAACACUGGUGGUGAGGAGCAUGAUUGCGGUCACUGUCACAUGGGCUGUCCCAGUUGUACCAAGAAAGGACCAGCCAAUCUGUGGUUCCCCGAGGCUGCAGAACAUGGAACAAAGUUCAUUCAAGGCUGUUGGGCAGAGAAGAUCCUGUUCGCUGACGACAGCAAAACAGCGACAGGAGUACUAGGCGUAUGGACUUCGCCAGACCGGACCAUCACCAAGAAGAUUACAAUCAAAGCCAACCGCGUCAUUGUAUCGUCGGGAAGCUUACAAUCGCCCCUUCUUCUUCGGAGAUCCGGCCUGGCCAACCACUGGAUCGGCAAGAACUUUCAUCAACAUCCACUACUCUACAUCUACGCAGUAAUGCCGCAGAGGAUAGACCCUUGGCAGGGUGGUGGCAUCUUGACGACUGUGGUUACAGCACUGAAGCAUGGCACCGGUGACGGUUAUGGUCCUGUCAUCGAGAUUUGCGCAGGCUUCCCUACCCAUACCGGCACCAGUGUGCCCAUCAGCAAUAAGGCACCAGACGGCGGCGUAGCUGGAAUGAAAGUUAAUUGGGCGAAGCUAGGACACACUGUGACAUUCCUAUGCAUGGUCCGAGACAAGGACUCUGGCGAGGUCUACGCGGACAAGAACGAUCCUAAGACAGCCCAUGUCAAAUACACAGUCAGUCGUCGGGAUACGGAGCAGAUUGUCGAUGCGCAGAUUGCGGCAGCCAAGAUCGCGUAUGUGAUGGGUGCAAAGGAGAUUGACGCCCUCCACCCGGACAUACACCCGUUCGUGCGCUCCGAGAAGGCAUCGCAAGAGGUCAACGACGAAGCUUUCCGGCACUGGCUCGAGGAUGUCAAGACCAAGGGAGCCUUGGCAAAUGCAGAGUCUUUACUCUUCCACAGCGCUCACCAGUUUGGCACUUGCAAAAUGAGCGGGAAGAGCGAUGAUGGCGUGGUUGAUGGCCAGGGAAGGGUCUGGGGCUACAAGAAUCUGUGGGUAGCCGAUUCGAGUGUUUUGCCCACGGCAACAGGCGUAAACCCAAUGAUUAGCACGAUGGGCAAUGCGGAUUGGAUUGCAAGAGGAAUAGAGGAGGAGUGGCAGGAGUCCUAG